CUAUGUGCGAGAGAAACUGUGAGUGAGAGAAGACCAACUCAGACCAAAACAUUUUGGACAGCUUUCGCCGUUUUGACCGUGUAGGGUAUUUUGUGGAAAGAAAAAAUUUACGGUCUAGGUGAUUACCAGCCGUUGUUCGGGAAAGGAGCCCGCACUCCUCCCCGCACUCUCUCGGGGAGGAGACCUCGAGGAGACCUGAAACGAGAGAGCGGCGGAUUUCAUCGCUCAUCAAACGAACCCAGCAGAGAAUUGCAAAGAGGAGUAUCGGGUUUUCUCCAUGUCUCACCCAGAAAAGGGGGUGGGGAAUCCACCUUGAAAACAAGACGCUUCUCAGUUGCACAAUUGAAAUCAAGAAUUUUAUGGGUCGUUGCAAAACGUGUCUUACGCAAUCCCGGUGUUUGUGUGACAUCAUGCUCACAUGCAUGUCACACAUUCGUAUCCGUGAUGACGGUCUGGUUGCGGAUAUUACGUCAUAACGUUGAAAAGUUUCAAUGGCGCUCAUGGCAGAAAGUGACGGUUCUCCCGCAGAAACCACUGAACAGCGCGAACCAUUAUGGAGAAGGGCAAAAGCUGUGGUGUUAAAGAAUUUUUUACCCAUUUCCUUGAUAUUCUUUCUAAUUUUUGGAAUUUUAGUUCCCCAACCAGGAGUUUUCUUUAGCGAAUUGCCAACACAGUAUGUCUGUGUUGUGGGAAUCUUCUUUCAUAGCGGUCUUAAACUGAAAACCGGCGAGUUGAAGGAAGCGUUCAAAUCUAUCAAAGCCCUCAUCUGGGGAAUCGUUUGUAUUUUGUUGAUUACGCCGAUAAUCGGCGGACAACUAACCGGUUUGUUACCUUACUCCGUGACAAAGCAUCUUGGUGGCAAUUCGACGAACAGCACUUCUUCGCCGGAUGGAAAUAACUUUGAGGGUAGCUCGAUUCUUGGACCGGCGUUAUUUCAAACAGGAAUGCAGGUUUACUUCAUUGUACCGUGCACGAUUGCUGGUGGAGUUAUAUUGACAGCCCAAGCAGGAGGUGCAGUAGCUUUGUCUGUAAUGCUUACAGUGGUUUGUAAUUUGGCUGCCGUGUUUACUGUUCCGCCACUUGUGUCUUGGAUAAUAGCUUUUGAGAAUGUAAAGUUAGAUCCUGUGAAACUGUUGAUUAAGCUGGUAUUAACUGUGCUGCUACCUUUACUGGUUGGCAAAGGGCUAAGGUAUGUGCCUCAUGUGAAGCCUUGCAUCAAGAAAUUCUCCAACACACUUAAGGUGAUAAGCAUCAUACUGUUAACAAUGAUUCCAUGGUUGAAGGUCAGUCAAGCAAGUAAGCAAAAAGCCUUUGGCGCAAUCUCUGUUGGAAGCAUUUUUGCUGUGCUUGGAUGGGGUUUAGCAAUGCAUCUGCUCUUUAUCAUUGUCAUAUAUCCUCCAUGCCUCAUUCUCAAACCGGAUAGACCUGCGUUGAAGUCAGUCAUGAUAAUGGCCAGUCAGAAAUCCUUAGCAGUUGCAUUGACGAUUGCCGGGUACCUUCCAUUUACCCACGCUGAACAAGGCAUCAUUAGUCUUCCACUGAUCAUCAUUCACCUUGGGAUUCUCGUGUCAGACUCUGUGUGGGCGUCAUGGUGGUUUGCAUAUGAUGCUAAGAAAGAGAAAGUUGCAGCAGCUGACAGUGCUUCAGAUGGUCAACCUUGUACAAAUGAACUUGAAAUUGUAGCGUAUGAUGCUAAUCAAAGUUUACACAUUCCAGUAUGUGCAUUCCAGUAUGUUUCGACGUUGUGAGUCUUCCACUCAGAGCUUGACUGCUUGAAAGAUGACAACUGUAUUGCUAUUCCAGAUUAGAGCAGUUUUCAAUAUUGAUGUUGUGUGUCAUAAAGCAAAAACCAUUUUAAGUAAUACUACUCUGGCCAAUCACAAAGGGCCCAGACAAUCCACAGAACCCAACAAAACCUGAAGUGAGCACAUCUAGCUGAUGGGAAGUACAGGUAAACAUUAUAUUUUCUGUAUGAGCAAGCCAUGCUUGGUUUUGAUUUUCCUUUUACUGUAAUUGGAUGUGAAAGCCAAUCAUGUAGCAUAGUAAUGCAAACCAAGGCAAAUGUGAAUUACUCUCAAUACUCAAUUGAAAAACCACUCCAAAGAUAUAUUGUUCACAGUUACAUUAAAAACCUGAUGAAACUACAUUUAAGACUGCACACUUAUCUGGGUUAGGUUGUUAGACUUCAAGCAGUCCCUCUGGUUCCUCAGUUGUGACACAACAUUGUGCAGAAUGAUAAGUUGGCUGUGCAGGAGUUAGAAGGUGGGCAUCUCACUCUUGACUUACUAAGAUAAUUCCUAUAAUUUACGGCUCAAUCCCACUUUAAACAUCUAGGCCUUAAACAGCUAUCAAUUUUCCAUGAUUGUGAGAGUGCAGAGGUAUAUUUUGUGUUUGUCUAACUGCAUGGCUUUGAUGCCAAUGGAGUUACUUUUGCUAAAUUAAUUAUCAGCACCUCACAGCAUUAAGGGAUCCAUAAUUCAUACAUUUUAAGUUAUUAUAGAACGUAAUAUUAACUUAACAUAAUAAUUAUCUUAAUUUAAUUUUUAAAGAACAUUAAAUUACCUUCGUCCCACUUGGUUAUUUUCACAUAAAGUAUGCUGGUGAUAAUUAUUUUAAUGUAAGUCAUUAUCUAUGUACUAAUUUAUAUAUUUAUAACUUAUUAGACAUCUUAUUCAAUGUGGCAGUGUGUACUACAAAUAUUGAUUAUUCAUUUUUAUGACUUGACGUUGCUGUGUUUCGGUGAAUCAUAGACAGGUCAAAAUGUUUUAAAAUUACAAGUAAGCAUGAUACUACCCACAACUCUAUACAAAUAAUUACCCAUUUAAUAUGGUAUUAUUAUCUAUUGUUUACUUUCCUGAAUUGAAUCAGUUAUUUUGCAAACAAGUAACCUAUUGAACUGCUGUUACAAUAAAAGUUAUCAUCCUUCACUGGGUGGCCUCUUGUACAGACAUCUCUCUUCAGGGAUUUGUGACCUAUUAGACCGUGAGCAGUCACUCCUUUUCCUCAGAUCCUCUGCGCAAAUGAUUUGCCAGGAAAAGAAAGAGACUGAUCCCUUUCAUGUCCUAUAUUUCUGAGCUUUUAUUCCAAAUUU